AUGGGGGUAGAAGAACAGAACAGCACAAUCCUGCGUGGGACACCCUACGUCGACGGCACCGCCUCAGGGAAGCUCUUGGCAGCGAACCUCGAGCUGAGUUUCUGGGGCGGCGUCAACCCCAAAACGGGCCAAGUCAUCGACCGCUUCCAUCCCCUCAGCGGCCAUCUUCUCAAGGAUACCAUCUUGGCGAUUCCAGGAGGACGAGGAUCUUGCGGCGGCAGCGUCAUCAUGAUGGAGCUUAUCCUGAACGGUUUGGGUCCCAAGGCCCUCGUUUUUCAGCGACGCGAAGAGAUCAUUACGCUCGGCGUUAUUGUUGCUGAGGAACUUUUUGGCAAGACGGCUCCCGUGGUUACGCUAAAGCCUCAUGAUUUCCAACAGUUCCUGGGUUGGGAUGGAGAAAUGGUGCACAUCAAGGGAGGCCAAGUUUCGAGUGGUCCGCUGGAAGGCAGCGAUAACCACAAACACACUCUUGGUUUCGAUAUUCAGAGUCUUGGCCUUCAGUUGUCCGCUUUCGACCGGGCGAUCCUCAAGGGAGAGCACGGUGAGGCGACUAUGGUCUCGAUGAAAAUUCUCGUUCGGAUGGCGGAGAUGAUGGAUGCUCGAGAGAUGAUGGACGUCAGCCAGGCCCAUGUCGACGGGGCCUGGUACGGCCCUGGAAGCGUCGCCUUUGGGCAAAAACUUCGCGAUUGGGGUGGCAAGUUCCGGGUUCCGUCAACUCUCAACUCUCUCACCAUUGACCACCGGCGCUGGAAAGCCCUUGGUAUCGAUGCGGAGCUCGGUUCUACCUGUCAAGAACUGACUCAGGCUUUCCUUGACAUGGGCGCCAAGGUGUCAUUCACAUGUGCCCCUUAUCUGCUUGAAAGUGCCCCAAAGCAGGGGGAUGCUAUCGCCUGGGGAGAGUCCAACGCCGUCAUCUACGCUAACAGUGUGCUGGGGGCAAGGACAUUGAAAAACCCAAACAUGUUGGAAGCUCUGAUCGCAUUGACCGGACGUGCCCCCAAGGCCGGCGUAUAUCUCGAUGAGAAUCGGCAGGCCUCUGUGUGGAUCAACGUGCAACCAGUUGAUGACGCCGAUAGCUCAUUCUGGCCAAUCUUAGGCUACACCAUCGGUGCCAGGGCAUCCAGUCGCAUCCCCGUCAUCACCGGGCUUGAGGACAUGAAGCCAUCCACAGAUGACUUUAAGGCGUUUUCAGCCGCAUUCGCGACGUCCUCGAGCGCGGCCAUGUUCCACAUGGUCAAUCAGACCCCCGAGGCCGCUACUUUCGAAUCUGUAUGUCCCGAUGGUGUCCCAAGAGAAAGAAUAGACCUGGACUGGAAGGACCUGGACUCAUGCUGGGAAGAGUUCAAUAAUGGAUCCGAACCCCGGGAAGUCGACCUCAUCUCCUUUGGGAGCCCGCACUUCUCAUUCCAAGAGAUCAAGCAGCUUGCGCAUCUCUGCCGAGGGCGAAAAAAACACGACGGCGUGGCCGUCAUUGUUACUUGCGGUCGUGCCCAGCAUGGGCUUGCCACGCAGGCGGGCUACGUCGGGGAACUUGAAGACUUUGGUGUCCAGUUCCUGACGGAUACAUGCUGGUGCUCAAUAGAGGAGCCGGUGAUUCCAAAGCCUGUAAAGGUCAUCAUGACCAAUUCUGGAAAGUACAUUCAUUAUGGACCUGGGCUUACUGGUAGGAGAUUCUGCUUUGGGAGCUUGGAGAUGUGUGCUGAGGCGGCCGUGUCCGGAUGGAGUACUGGAGACCCGCCUGCCUGGCUGCAGAAGGCUAGACGUAUCUAG